AAAGCGGCCAAGCCAUUUCCCACAGCGCGUGGUGGUGAUCCCGGAGCCGCGGAGCCCGCGGUAUUGCCGGGGGUGGGGGGGCUGUUUUGGCCGGGGGGGAUUGCGUUCCGCUGGCUCCCCCCCUCUUCCCGACCCGGGACCGGCCAUGGCGUUGAAAGCCAGAGCGCUUUACAACUUCCAGAGCGAAAACAAAGAGGAAAUCAGCAUCCAGGAGAACGAGGAGCUCGUCAUCUUCAGCGAGAACUCCCUGGACGGGUGGUUACAGGGCCAAAACAGCCGUGGGGAGACCGGCCUCUUCCCUGCUUCCUACGUCGAGAUCCUCCGCUCCCGCUCGGGCUCCAACUACACGGACUAUUCCAGCAGCCCUGUCGGUUCCCCGGGGCACGAUUCCUCCUUGUACUCAGCAUCCCCCAACCCUGGCAUCUCCUACCAGGGCAGUUUUGAGGAUGAUGAUGAUGAUGAUUGGGAUGACUGGGACGAUGCGUGCACGGUGGUGGAGGAGCCCCGGAGCGCGCCGGGCACCAACGGGCACCCCUCGCCCAGCCUUCAGUACCCAGCGGCCUAUGGCCACCCCCAGCACGCCGGGUACCGGCCCAAGCCAGUGCUGGAGAGGCAGGACAGCAUGAGCUCCUCCAAGAGGGGCAGUGUGGUGGGGAGAAACCUCAACCGCUUCUCCUGCUUCGUCCGCUCUGGGGUGGAAGCCUUCAUCCUGGGCGACGUGCCCCUGAUGUCCAAGAUCGCUGAGACCUACUGCAUCGAGAUGGGCUCCAGAGGCCCCCAAUGGAGGGCCAACCCCCACCCGUUCAUCUGCUCCGUGGAGGACCCCACCAAGCAAACCAAGUUCAAGGGCAUCAAGAGCUACAUCUCCUACAAGCUGACCCCCAGCAACAUCAACUCGCCCGUGUACCGGCGGUACAAGCACUUCGACUGGCUCUACAACCGCCUUCUGCACAAGUUCACGGUGAUCUCGGUGCCCCACCUGCCCGAGAAGCAGGCCACUGGCCGCUUCGAGGAGGACUUCAUCGAGAAGCGCAAGCGGCGGCUGAUCCUCUGGAUGGAGCACAUGACCAGCCACCCUGUCCUCUCCCAGUACGAGGGCUUCCAGCACUUCCUCUGCUGCCGCGACGAGAAGCAGUGGAAGCUGGGCAAACGCCGGGCAGAGAAGGAUGAGAUGGUGGGCGCCAGCUUCCUCCUCACCAUCCAGAUUCCCACGGAGCACCAGGACCUGCAGGAUGUGGAAGACCGCGUGGAUGCCUUCAAGGCCUUCAGUAAGAAGAUGGACGACAGCGUCAUGCAGCUGACCAACGUGGCGUCGGAGCUGGUGCGCAAGCACGUCGGGGGCUUCCGGAAGGAGUUCCAGAAGCUGGGCAAUGCCUUCCAAGCCAUCAGCCACUCGUUCCACAUGGACCCUCCCUACAGCUUGGAUGCCCUCAACAAUGCCAUCUCCCACACGGGCAAGACGUACGAGACUGUGGGGGAGAUGUUCGCUGAGCAGCCCAAGAAUGACCUGUUCCUCAUGCUGGACACUCUCUCCUUGUAUCAAGGGCUCCUCUCCAACUUCCCAGACAUCAUCCACCUGCAGAAAGGCGCCUUCGCCAAGGUGAAGGAGAGCCAGCGGAUGAGCGACGAGGGCAGGAUGGACCAGGAGGAGGCGGACGGGAUCCGCAAGCGCUGCCGCGUGGUGGGCUUCGCCCUGCAGGCCGAGAUGAACCACUUCCACGAGCGGCGCGUGGCCGACUUCAAGAGGAUGAUGCAGUCCUACCUGAGGCAGCAGAUCGUCUUCUACCAGCGCGUCAGCCAGCAGCUGGAGAAGACGCUGCGCAUGUACGACAACCUCUAACGCCUCCUCCCGCUCUGCCUGCAGCCCCUCGGGCCUCCUGUGUCCAGGACAGGCUGAGAAUGGAUGGGAACUCAUCACGCUAGUGACCAAAUGACUCGGGGCUUUCUUCCCCCUUCCCAGGCUGGCAGGAAAGGGCUCACCCACGGACUGGCUGUGCCACCUCUCUCUUUCCCUGGGGACCUCCCACCCUGCCACGGGUCUGGCAGGAGCAAGGGGGGGUCACAAGAGGGACAGAUGUGGAGGUAACGGUGCUGGGGUCUCUGCCCAGGGAUUUUUAGCUUUCUGAAAACCCACUCUCCUGGAGCAGGGGUGGGUGAAUCCCAGCCCAUGGGGAGAAGAAAUCCAAGUGGUCGACAUUUUGCACACUAAAAGCUUUUCUGAUGGAAAAAAAAAAAGGAGAAGAAAAGAGAUCUUUAUUUGGAAGAGAUUUUUUUGUUUGUCAUGAGAUAUUUUCAAUAUUUUCCAUUUUUCUGCAGUGUUUUUACCGAUCAGUUUUUAACUAGAUGCACAGAAGCAAAGAGAAAUCUCUUUCUCAAGUAUGGCUGCUGACUGGGAAAAGGGAGAAAAAAGGAAAAAAAAGGGAAAAAAAAAAAUAGCCCCACAGCUUUUUCAAUAAAAUCAUUGGUAGAAAAAACA